AGCGCUUCACUGUGACUGAACCCUCGCCUGUUUCCUCUUUAUGUGCUUUCACCACUAUAGCCAAACAUGGUUUUAUGUCGUUGAAAAAUAACACUGCCGCACUUUACUCUCCUGCCGUGUCAACUUUCCAAACAUUCAGACAUAGGCAGCUACUUCAUCUCCAACAGCAUCAUCAUAUGGACUUAUUGUGAAAGAUAUUUCUUUUGGUUUCAUCUUUUAUCCUCCAAAAUGCCUGAGUUCAUAUCAGUGGAUGAGUUUAUCGCGGAGACUCUGGAGGACUACAGCUCUCCGACCACUUCUUCCUUCUACACAAAAAUGUCAAGUUGCAGAAAUUCCGCCCAAAAUAUCGAGGAGGCCUUGGACUCUGACCGCACAAUCUUGCAGAAAAUGAAGAAAACAACCAAAGCAAAGCAUAUCUCUGGACAAGAGCACAUAUCACAUAUGGAGUCAUACAUCAAUUCCAUGGAGAAGUUGGCUGUGAAUUUCCGCAGCAAUGGAGAACAGGAAGUGGCCUCAGCCUUUAAUAAGUUUGCAGAAUUCUCCAAAGAACUGCUGAUGCCAACGAAGAACCUUUUAAAGAGCAUGUUGCACAACAUCAACUUUUUCCUGGACUCACUGGUUAAAGGGGAUCUGAAAGAGGUUAAAGGGGACCUGAAGAAGCCGUUUGACAAAGCGUGGAGAGAUUAUGAAAAUAAAUUCAAUAAAACUGAAAAGGAGAAGAGAGAGUUGGCGAAGCAGUAUGGCAUGGUGCGGACAGAGGUGAGCGGAGGGGAGAUUGCAGAAGAGAUGGAGAAAGAGCGCAGGAUGUUCCAGCUACAGAUGUGUGAAUAUCUCAUCAAAGUAAAUGAAAUUAAGACCAAGAAAGGAGUAGACCUUCUACAAAACCUCAUCAAACACUACCACUCUCAAUGCAAUUUCUUUCAGGAGUGUCUAGCUGCUACAGAGAAGCUCAAGCAGUAUAUCGAUCCCCUUACUGGACAACUGAAUUCUAUCAAACACAAGCAGGACGAGGAGAAGAGACGGCUGUGUGCUCUUCGAGAUCAGCUCAGACCCAUUCUUCAGCCUGAAUUUAAAGAGCAAUCAAGAAGAGAUUCUCUUAGCAGACAGACUGUGUACAGCAUGCAUCAGCUUCAAGGCAACAAGCAAUACGGCACUGAUAAAUCGGGCUACCUUUACAAGAGGAGUGAUGGGUUGAGGAAGAUGUGGCAGAAGAGGAAAUGUACUGUGCAGAACUGCUAUCUCACCAUCGCUCAUGGAACUCCUAAUAAAGCACCAGCUAAACUGAACCUCCUCACCUGCCAAGUCAAACCCAGUCUGGAAGACAAGAAAUGCUUUGACCUCAUCUCACAUAAUCGCACUUACCAUUUCCUGGCAGAGGACGAGUCCGAUUGUAUGGCGUGGAUAUCAGUGCUGACCAACAGUAAGCAAGAAGCACUGAAUGUGGCUUUAGAUGAGCCGAAACCCAGCGGAGAAAACAGCGUCGAAGAUCUAACACGAUCCAUCACUGAGGAUAUUCGGCGCAUGCCUGGAAACAAUGUCUGCUGCGACUGUAGGGCUCCAGAUCCGUCUUGGAUCUCCAUAAACCUGGGAAUCCUGACAUGCAUCGAGUGCUCAGGGAUCCACCGGGAGAUGGGUGUACAUUAUUCACGCAUUCAGUCACUUUCUUUAGACAAACUGGGCACUUCAGAAUUGCUGUUGGCAAGAAACAUGGGAAAUGCAGGUUUCAAUGAUAUUGUGGAGGCCAAUCUUCCCAGUCCUUCAGUGAAGCCGUCAGCAGAUAGUGACAUGGCUGUACGUAAAGACUUUAUACUCUCAAAGUAUAUGGAGUGGCAGUUUGCACAACGUAGUGGCGGCUCACCAGAAACGAAGCGUAAAUAUCUGCAGGAUGCUGUGCACAGUCGGGACGUCUUCAGACUUUUACAACUCUACGCUGAGAAAACAGACCUCAGUUUACCACUGCCAUGCCCUCUACAGGAAAAGGGCGAAACUGCACUACACCUAGCCGUCCUAUUGGCUGACAGGACAUCGCUGCAUGUGGCUGACUUCCUGUUUCACAACUGUAAUAAUCUGGAUGCACAGACUAUGAAGGGAAACACUGCUGUGCAUUACUGCUGUCAGCACAAUAAAACCGAGUGCCUUAAACUUCUGCUGCGAGCCAAGGCCAACACACAUAUCAAGAAUGAAAAUGGAGAGACAGGACUGGACAUGGCUCGCAGACUAAAGCACACAUUGUGUGAGGAACUGAUCCACCAAUCGCAGAACAACCAGUUCAACAUGCACGUGCAUGUGGAAUAUGAGUGGAGACUGCGGCAGGAUGACCUUUAUGAAAGUGAUGAUGACCUGGAUGACAAGGGUCCCGUAAAGAAGGAACGCAUGGGACGGCCGUUCAGCCUGUAUCACAGCAGCUCUGCCUCUCAGGGUGCCGGAGGGGGGCUGUUUAAUGUUGGACGGAGGCUGGCGCUGGUACGAGAAGGUAGUCGGAGGGAGGUGUACGCUACUCCUAAUACUCAAACCCGAAGCUUGGACAGUCCACCUCCUCCACCCCCUUCAUCACCCGCACCACCGCUUCCACCCAGAGUCAAAGCUCCAAACGUCCCUCCUCCUCCUCCCCCUCCUAUGAGCUCACCAGACGACUGGUCGUCCCAUGAAGUCAGCAUCAGCUGUAAGAAACGAACCCCUCCUCCCCCCCUUAUCAUCCGGCACAAGCGCACGUAUUCUGAGCCCUCCCCUCAGAUGCCCCACAGCCCACACUCAACACGACAAGGAUCAGCAGAUUAUGCAUUUCCGAUAAGUUCGAGAAGUUUUGGUGGUCCAGAAUCACCUUUCCAGAAAUGUGUCUCAGGUUCUCCAAAAUACACCACGUCCACUCUCAAUUCCUUAUCUGAGCUCCCAGAACGAGGCUUUUAUGCAGAUGGGGAGAGCAGUUCGUCACACUUCCUGUACCAAAGCCCACAGUCUGUAAGCAGCGUUGGGCGCCAUACCCCAGCCCUCUCUCCAACCUCCCCUCGUUUAGAGACUAACGGAAGUUCCUCUUCCGCAACCUAUGCUAUUCCUCACCCAAUGCCUAGGAAAAAUCUGACAAAACCCAAGCUGAGGCGGGUGAAAGCCAUGUAUGAUUGUGUGGCUGAUCACCAUGAUGAACUCAGCUUUAUGGAAGGUGAGGUACUGGUUGUACUGGGAGAGGAAGAUGCUGAUUGGUGGCAUGGCUACAUCGAGAGACAGCCUGACAAAUCAGGCCUAUUUCCAGCGUCGUUCGUCUCUUUGCUCUCCGAAUAAAACCUGCCAAAGGAGCUGAUAUCAUAGCAUGGUCGACUCUACUGCCAAAGCACCCUGAUAAAGGGGGCUUCUACCCACAAAACUCAUCUUGGUAACGAACAAUCAGCAGAACAAAGCAACGUACACAGACCCUUCUGGAGCGCCGUGGGACAAGUUGUUCUGUGCACACAACUUCAUAGUUUGCGGUUGACCAGGCCUCUUGCACAUGGAAAUCAUACCCUGUGCCAUCCACUGAGGGUAACAAAGAGACAGUCAGGCUAAACUGAAACCUCCCGUAGUGAUGUAUUUCUCAUCCUUUAUUCUUUAAAUACACAAGAUGUGUUUGGAGAGGCGCAUGUCAGCUGUGUUUAGUUAAACUGAAAUGUGAAUAAUCAUUUGUGGCACAUCCACAAAGUUGUAUUUGGAUUUCAAAUGUGUGUCAUUUUUUUGAAAUGACAUAUUAAAGCUUCACACCAAGUUUAAGCUGCUGUUAAGUAAUAGAGUCAAUUAGAACGGCUUUUAAGUGAUAAAUCAUCCGCAACAGGGUAAAUUAGUGUCCGCGAUUGAAUGAAUUAUGGAUGUAAUAUGGUCGGAUUCUAGAAUCUAGGUCGUAUUUCACACGCAGAAACAGACUGGUUAAAUGGUUAUGUAAGUGGUUUAUUGAAGACACAGACCACAGAUUAAUCACAAAACACAAAUCAUGAACAUAGAUGUGCACACACCAUGCAAUUUGGCCAUUAAUCAUCACUUUCAGCUGUAUUGUUUAUAACUUCACUAAAGUGCUUUGAGAAUAGAGAACUGCUCUAUUCUCGUUUUUUUCAACAUUUCUUCAAUCAUGGCACAGCCAGGGAACAUGUUACGUGUUGUUUUUAUGUGAAAAGUAUGUAAACAAAACAUAUACUCCUCAGAUACUGGAUCUUAGACUAAAAUCUCCAAUAGUUUUAGGUGGCCACUUAUUUUUUUACUUACAUUAGAGGAACUUAAACAGUAUAUAUACUUAAAUGUAUUUAAACAAGUUGAAAUAAUGUUUUUUUGUUGUUGUUGAUAACGAACUUGAAUGGAAAAGGGGUCUUGUGGGAUAUUUAUGUUUUGUGUAUGCCAAUAUAAAAUCAUAGGCUUAUGUUUUUUCUGCUUUUUAUUUAUUCAACAUAUAUUUUUAUUUUUAAUAAUGUCAUAAUGGGUACCCUAAACUGUGAAAAUACAAUUUUUAAAUUGUUUAUGCUUUGUUUAUGUUACCAAAUAGAGAAUUAAACACUUUGUGUUUCAUUGA